AUGUGAAAGUUUUUGAAAAUUCUGUUUAAAAAUGCGGGACAACUGCAAGAAAUGUAAGAUUAAGCGGUAUGACAGCAGUAGAAGCUGCCAAAGUAGCUCUGUAGCAACAGCUGUCACCUCUUUGUCUGUCAGCAAAGGUCCUGAUGAGCCUGAUGACCAAGUUGACCAACUGGAUGGCCUUAAAUUUCUGGCUGAGAGGGAUAUGCGUUCUUUGCACAGACACAUUCCGGCUCUUGGACGAAAAGAUGUUCAGUUUUCGGCAAUUCGUCAGCAUUUUUACCCAGAAGGGGGCUGGGGGUGGGUGGUUGUAUUCUGCAGUUUCCUUGCUCACUGUUUGACAAGUGGUAACCUACUGGCCGGGGGAGCAAUUGCUCUUCAACUACAGAACAAUUUCAAGACUGGAUAUAUGACUGGUGUAUGGGCUCCUCUAGUUGCCUGGGUAAUAAGUUUAGCAGUAGCUCCCUUGGUUACCCAUAUAUGCAGUCAGUAUUCUGUUCGUCUGAUAGCAGUGGUGGCUGGUCUAGUAUUAAAUAUGGCAUUUCUAUUCGCGUCUUUUGGAUCCCAGCUUCAUCAGGUUGUACUAAGCUACGGUGUACUGCUAGGAGCGGCAUCCGGAACGGUGCGGGAAACCUGUAGUAUAAUGCUAGGACAGUACUUCAAGUCCCGACGGUUAUUAGUUGAAGUAUUCGUGAGCUGCGGAUCCGGUUUAGGAGUCAUAAUCUUUAGUCUUUUAUACAAAGAAUCCAUCAGAUUCCUUGGCUGGAGAUUAGGUCUGCAAUCUUUACAAGGUCUGUUCCUUGUUUCCUUCUUCCUUGGUUUGUUCUAUAGAUCAGCUAGCCUAUACCAUCCUCAGAGGGACGCUAUCUCCCAUAUCAAACAUCAGAAAGAGAAAGUAAAAUCAAAAUCAUUUAACAAAGAAAAAAGUGAGCGGAAGAAGAUGCGCUUGAUAAAUCUAUCCUUGAUCCUUGAACCUAAUAUCAGGAUAUAUCUGGCCUCUAUGACUCUUUCUGCAGGAGGAAUAUAUACACCUGUUUUCAUCAUGCCUUUGCACCUGACAGGAGAGGGAGAGAUGGAGCAUUUUCCACUUCUAGGAGUUUGGUUGGGUUUAUCCAUGCUAGUUGGAUCUUUAGGUGGGUUCAUUAAUAUAUCAUUUGGUUGGGUUUAUCCAUGCUACUUGGAUCUUUAG